AAAGGCUGGCGGAGAACAGCUGGUGAUCAAAGGCCGUUGGUCAUAAUGCGGAAAAGAAGCUUAGGCCAGGGGGCGCAGGGGCAUUGGUUUGCUUGCUGGAGUGGCACGCAGCUUCCGUUCUCUGCUUUUGCCGCUCCGUGAACGUGCCCAGCAGGCCGCCGGGACCCUCUUCCCACUGUAGGUGGGCGGGUGUGCCGUUCCUGUGCCCCCCUCCCCGUGGCCAGUCCCCACCCUGUGCCUGGGCUGUGCUGAGCAGUCUGCUUCCCUCCUCUUCAGCAAGUGCUGCGUCGUCUCAGAGACGAGGUGAUCGGGGGGUUGAAGUCCAGGCUGCAUUGUCGCUGGAGCAGCCUUGCCUUCCUCCUUCCCGGCUGGCAGGCUGGAUCUUGCUGCUGUGCAGGCCCAGGAUGUCCUGGUGGCUGCUGGCCCUCCUGCUCCUGCAGACGCCCGUGGGGCCUCUGUUUUAUGUCGAGGCUGCAUUUGUCAACCGAUGUGGAAGUCCGAGUGUGUGUGAUUUUGUGUGUGACUGCUGGGAUUGUUCAGAUGAAAACCAGUGUGGGUACCAAAAGGAAUCCCAGGCUCUGGGGACUCCAUUCACCUGCGACUUCGAAGACGGCACUUGUGGCUGGGAGGACAUCAGCACCACAGCCUACCGCUGGAGCCCGGCCCAGGCCAGCACCUCCACAAGGGGGCCGGAGCCUCCUUUUGACCAUACACUGGGCACUGAUAUGGGCUGGUAUAUGACUGCCUCAAAGCAGAGAGCAAAGCCCUCAGCAGCAGCUCGGCUCAGAUCGCCCCCAUUGCAAGAAGCGGCUGCUGCCUGCGAGAUCCGAGCUUGGUACCAUCUGUGGGGGUCAGGUCUCAACGAGACUCAGACUCCGUUGACCCUGGAGCUGAGCCAGGGACAUCGCACCAUCACCCUGUGGCAGAGCCCUCCAGGUCGCACUUACUCCUGGCGGGAGCUGGUGGCCUACACCGGUCGGAUCCAGGGCACCUUCCAGAUAACCUUCUCCUCAACCCAGGACUUCUCCUCGACAACACAGCUGGCACUGGAUGACGUGGAGUUCAGGAACUGUGGCUUUCCACGUAAAGCAGGGGGUCCCCAGACGUGUGGCGCAGAGGCCUUUCACUGCCAGCGGGGCAGCUGCAUCGCCAAAGACCGCGUGUGCGAUGGCACCGCAGAUUGCAGGGAUGGCGAGGACGAAACCAGCGCUGAUUGUGAUUCUUUCAUGGCCUGUUCCUUCGAGGAGGACUGGUGCCAGUGGACAGCAACGUCCUGGCUAAGGAACACCAGCCUCCACCUGGGUUUGACCUUGGCGGGGCCUUUGCGGGAUCACAGCACCAACAGCCGGAAAGGCUUCUUUGCGUAUGUCGACACCGAGAGCCCGGAUCUCCAAGAGGGAACAGCUUGGCUGAGUAGCCCAACGUUGGCCCUGGUCCCCAACCAUUCAUGCUACCUGGUUCUCUACAUCCACCUGCAUGGCUUGAACAGCAACAGCCUCCACAUCUAUGCCCAGACAGCAGAAGCAAUGCAGCACGUCUGGAGCCGCACGGGAGACCUGGGCAACUACUGGUUCCGGGAGAAAGUGGAUUUCCAGGUGGCACAGAAGUUCAAGAUCAUCAUUGAGGGCCGGAGGGGGAUGGGGCACGGAGGGAGUAUCGCCCUGGAUGACCUUCGUCUGUCGCCUCACUGCCAGGUGCAGGACACCCCGCUCCCGACUCCUCCCCCGCUGGAGCCCUCCCGCCCCCCUUGUGCCCAGGGGCAGUUCGCGUGCAGCCGGGGCAAGCAGUGCAUCAGCCUCGAGCAGGUCUGCAACUUUGAGGCCGAAUGUGACGACCGCUCUGACGAGCAGCAGUGCGGGAUGACCGACUUUACCAGCGACCCCGGGGGCUGGAUGGACAUCAGCGUGGGCCGCCUGCGGUGGAACACCAGCUGGUUAAAUUCUGUGGGGCCCGUUUUCAGUCUGCAGGAAGGCCCAGGGCAGAUGUUCUCCAUGGCGCGGGCUGCUACUCCUGUGCUGGGUCCUUCGGGGUUAGGCUGUGCUCUGCAGAUGGACUUCACCACUGGCCCACACGGCUUCCUCGCUCUCGCCAUUGCCGACGAGAGCCUGGGGACCCGCUGGUGGGCUUGGUUUGCCCAGGGCAAUGGCUCUGCUGCCUGGUCAGAGGCCACGGUGCCCCUGGGCGCAUGGAAGAGGCCCUUCCAGCUUGAGCUGCUGGCCACGGAGGACAUCGGCAGCCCCCGGGCGCCCCUGCCACUUGCCAUCAGCAGUAUCUCCUUCGUGAACUGCAGCACCAAAGCCCUGGCCUCAGCCUCCCAGGCACAGCUGUCCUGCAACUUUGAGACCGACUGGUGCAGCUGGUAUCUGGAGCAGAGCAACGGCUUUGACUGGAAGCGGAGCAGCAGCCAGGGGUGGACCAUGGACCACACGACGGGCUCGGGCUCUUUCCUAUUUGUGGAUCCCUCCGGACCCUGGACCCGAGGCUGGCGUGCCCGCCUCAUUUCUGCUCCGCAGACUGCUGCUGCUGCUGCUGCUGCUGCUGCUGCUGCUGCUGCUGCAGAAGUCUCCUGCAUUUCCUUCUGGUACCGCAUGGAUGGCCCCCAGAUUGGUACCCUGACCCUCAAAAUGAAGGAGGCUGGAGAAUCGGAGCAGGUGCUUUGGACCAGGACAGGGAGUGAUGGUGCGGUUUGGCAUCGAGAGUUCGCCACCAUUUCCCCCAAGCCUGGUCAGAAUUAUCAGGUGAUCUUCGAGGCACUCCGGGAUGGCUUUCUGGGGAGGAUAGCGUUGGAUGACAUCACGGUGACGCCGGGGGCCUGCACAGCCCAGCAGCGCUGCUCCUUCGAGGCCGACGACUGCGGCUUCUCGGGCCCCGGGCAGCAAGAGUGGCAGCGGCAGAAUGGCACUGGGGGCUGGGGCCCUCCCGUGGAUCACACCAUUGGCGAGCCAGAAGGGCAUUACGCGGUCGUCAGCACUAGUGCGGACAAACUGCCUCCCGGGCAGGUGGCCGUCCUGCGCACUCAGACCUUCCCACCUCUGCUUCGCACCCACUGUGUCACCUUUUGGUACUACCUAAGCAGCAGUGAACCAGGGUCCUUGAUUGCCUACGUGGAGGAGGAAGAGGAGAGCGGAGAGCAAACGGGGAUGCUCAGCCUGGACCCGGCACAGGAGGCAGCCUGGCGGUACGGCAGCUUCGUGGCGAAGGUCCAAGGGAGAUGGCAGGUGGUCUUUGCGGUCGGAGGUGCCAGCGGGGGGCCUGCUUCUUACGUUGCCCUCGACGACCUCUCCGUGAAGGAAGGAGGCUGCUCUAAACCAGGCUCCUGUGACUUUGAGUCAGGCCCCUGCGGGUGGAGCAAGCCCCACGGAAGCUGGUACAGCUGGGACUGGAAGGAAGCCACCACCCCAUUGCGCUCCCCGUCCCCCAAGGAAGACCACACCCUCGGCACCAAAGCAGGUCACUAUGCCUACGUUGACGUGGCAGUGCUGGGCUUGGGGAAGAGCAUGGCCCGCCUGGUGAGCGAACCCCUCGCACCCACCCUGGGCUCCUGCCUGACGUUCCACUACCACAUGGACUUCCUUGGCCGUGGCUCUCCAGCAGAGCUCAGAGUGAAGUUGACUGGCACACAGGGGGAGAGGGCGAUGUGGAGUGCCACGGGCCAUCAGAGCCGGACCUGGGUGAACCAAACACUCCUGGUGACCAGCCUCGUGGAGUUCCAGAUUGUGCUGGAGGCCACCAGCGGAGCCUGGGCCAGCUCCGGAGUGAUUGCGGUGGAUGAUGUGCGGUAUGCAGCUGGGCUGGACUGCGCCUCUCCUCCGGGGGGCCAAGCAGCAGGGAGCAGCAGCCCCCCUCAAGGUCCAGUGGUUGGCAUUGUGGUUGGCAUCGUGAGCUCCGUCCUCCUGGCGCUGAUCGGGGCCGCCGCGUGCUGCCUGUGGAAGCGGAGAGCGACUCGGGAGAGGAUGGCGGAGGAGGAAGGCAGCGACCAGGGCUUCGACAACAUCGCCUUCCGAGAUGACAGAAUCAUCCUCCCCGAGAUGGCUCCCGACGCAGCAUCGGCCUAGCGGCCCCCGCCCAGCCUCCCAUCAGCCUCUGUUCCUCUGGGGAGGAAGCCCAGCACGACCCCCUCGGGCUCUAAUAAAGAGAAUGGAACCUGA